AUGGAUUCUCAAGACGCUCAAGUGUAUUUUACGAGCCUAGCCAAUGUGGCUUCCGAACAAUUCCAAAAAAUCCCUGGGUCGGCGAUCUUCCUGCGGUACGUCAAAUCAAGUUACCAGAAUGACCCUAUUCGUUCCGUGGUCGAACUCCUCCUCGUUUUGUUCGCAGUACGGUAUCUUCUCGCGCCAAAGUAUUCGACGAAGCCCAAUUAUGUCAAGUUAUCUGAAGAGGAGAUAGAUGAUCUUGUGGAAGAAUGGACGCCGGAGCCCUUGGUCGGCAAAGCAACACCUUUUGAAGAGGCUGAACUGGAGAGCCGACCUGUCAUUGUCGGUCCCAGCGGACCUCGGUCCAAGUUAGCCAACGGCCGCACUGUGACGAACCUUGCCUCCUACAAUUUCUAUAACUGGGUGUCAAACGAGAACCUCAAGGAAAGGGCUAUUCAAACAUUGAGAACAUAUGGAGUUGGUCCUUGUGGACCGCCAGGAUUUUACGGUACCCAAGACGUGCAUUUGAAGCUCGAGUCUGACAUUGCCGCGUUCCUGGGCACCACGGCGUGUAUCAUAUACGCACAGGCCUUCUCGACCAUCUCAAGUGUCAUCCCGGCAUUUUCGAAGAGGGGGGAUAUCAUUGUUGCCGACAAGGCAGUGAAUUAUGCCAUCCGAAAAGGUAUACAAAUCUCUCGGAGUGCAGUGAGAUGGUACGAGCACAACGACAUGGACGACCUGCAAAGGGUUCUUGCCAAGGUGACCAAAGAACAAGCAAAGAAGCCAUUGACUAGGCGGUUCAUCAUCACGGAGGGCUUGUUCGAGAACGUUGGCGACAUGGUCGAUCUGCCAAAGAUUAUCGAGUUGAAGCUCAAAUAUAAAUUUCGUCUCAUUCUCGACGAGACGUGGUCAUUCGGAGUCUUGGGAAGGACUGGAAGAGGUGUGACGGAGCAUCAACAUGUGGAUGCUGCUGAAGUUGACAUGAUUGUCGGAUCUAUGGCCGGUCCAUUGUCCGCCGCAGGAGGUUUCUGUGCUGGAUCAGAUGAAGUCGUAGAACACCAGCGAUUGUCCGCCACGGCGUACACCUACUCGGCUGCCCUUCCGGCGAUCUCUGCGGUGACUGCGAGCGAAACACUGAUGAUGAUGCAGACCCAGCCUGACCUUUUUGUUCAGUUGAGAGAGAACAUCAAAGCCAUGUGGGCUCAACUGGAUCCUCGAAGCGAUUGGAUGUACUGCACGAGCGCACCCGAAAAUCCCAUCAUGAUUCUUGUUCUCAAACCGGAGACUGUUUCUUCCCGAAGGUUGACGAUCCAAGAUCAACAACUAUUACUUCAGGACAUCGUAGAUGAGUGCCUCUCGCAGAAUGUUCUUAUCACGCGGGUCAAGACACUUCCUGCCGGUCCCGCUGGCGCCAAAUCCGACAUUUACAUGCCUCUGCCGGCCUUGAAGGUCUGUCUUACGUUGGGACUGACGAAGAAGGAAAUCGAGAAGGCUGGCAUUAUUAUCCGCCACGCAAUUACCAAAAUACUCACGAGGAAGCGGUGA